UUGGAGACCCGGAGCUUCUCCGAGGUGUCUCCAAUCCCUGUGGCAGGUGGCCUCAAGGCCAUUCUGCAACUUAGGGCCCGGAGUUUCUCCGAGGUUCUCUUUCUCUCUUGCAGGUGCCCUGGACACCAGACUGUGGCAUGGCAGGGAGACGCUUCAGCCUGCUCAGGCUGCUCCGGAGGAAGAAGGAGGAGGAAAGCCCUGGAGCUGCUCCAGCACAGCAGCCUGAAGAGGUGCAGCAGGUGCAGCCCCCGCAGGAGGAUGCAGGCCAGGAGCGGACAGAAGAGCAGCUCCGUGCCCGUGGCCGCUUCCGCAGGGCAGCACAGACAUUUAUGAAAUUCAUGGGCAGUCGGCGUAGAAAGUCCAGGGUCACACCAGCUGAUGUCCAGGCCCAGCCUGACACCAUCCCGACCCAGCUGACAAAGCCUGAUGUCAGCACCGCGUCGACUGCUGUCCCAGCACAGUGUGACACCACAACCAGUGAUCACACAACCCACUGGGACACCACCGAUGAUGUGUCACACUGUGACUCUGUGCUGCCUGGUCUCACGGAGGAGGCCGACGCCACAACGACGGAGGGCGUGGCAGGCACUGACACCUCGCCUGUUCAGCGCCUGGUCGAUACCCCCAGCCUGGACUUUCUUGAGGAGAGAGCUGUCUCUGCUGAAGUGUCCAUAACGCCAGACAGAGACAUGCAGCAGAGACCCCCCACGGUGCCCAAGCUGGCCUGGGUGAAGGAGGAGGAGAAGGAGGAAAGCCCUGGGGCUGCUCCAACACAGCAGCCUGAAGAGGUGCAGCAGGUGCAGCCCCCGCAGGAGGAUGCAGGCCAGGAGCGGACAGAAGAGCAGCUCCGUGCCCGUGGCCGCUUCCGCAGGGCAGCACAGCUGGUUUGCAGAUUCAUCAGGUGCAUUUGGCACGAAGAGGCCACUUUCAUGGCCACUGGGGACACGGCAAACUUGGACCUCUUCAAUGCCCAGACCAGCGCUGCCCUGCUGGAUUUGCUUGUGCAGAACGGUGUCUACAAAGCAAAGCAAGUGCCGGCCAUAGUCAGGUGCAUCCAUCAGUGGCUCACGUCCAAUGUGUCUGCUGAGCACAGGCUGGACAAGACUCUUGUCCUGCUGACCGAGGCACACCCCACGGAUGUUGCAGUGACCCUGCUGCGCUCUGCCCCAGCCUGUGACAGAGCUGCUCGCACCAUGUGGAAGACGCUCAUCUCCUUCAGACGGACUAAGGAGCCGGUGCUGCAGAUCCUCUUCUGUGUGCUGGAAUACUGGCCAGCGCACAGGAGACGCACCUCUGAUGGGGAUGAGAGGGAUGUCUUUGCCCUGGCUGCAACUGUGGCACUCUGGGAGAUCCUCCAGCUGUCCCACUCCUGGUGCCCAAGUGCAGUGAAGGACAAUUUCCCCUGCCUCCUUCUGACUCUGCUCUUCCAAGUUUUCAUCAGCACAGAGGAGAUGUCAGAGGAGGUCGAGACCUUCUGGAGGCGAUGCCGGGAGCAGCGCAGCCUUCCCCCCAACCCCAACAGGUUUGCAGUGCAGACUGUUAAAGCCCUGCUGCGCCAGCUGCUGGAUGAGGACGUGUUGAUGGUGAUCGGUCGCAAGUGUGGCUGGGACAUGCUCCUCAAGGCUGACAGCCACCACUAUGCAGUGGGUCUGCUGGCCAGGGAGCUGUGCCGUGUCUCCCGCUCCUUUGGUCGCAGCAUCGCCGUCAGCCUGCUCCCGCGGCUCAGCAGGGGAGAGCCCCUGUGGGAACUGCCUGCCCUGGCGUUCCUGGUGGAG